AUGGAUAUUGCAAUAACAUCGUCACCUACGCCCAUACAUGUGAACGGCCCACAGCCAGUGCCUGGCCCAUCGUAUAUCUCAUAUGGACGUCCACCACCUGCUACUGCCAGAGGAGGGAGGGGGAGGGGGAGGGGAAGCAGAGGUGGUGGUGGUCAGCAACGUCAAAGACAGGUAACACCACCUUUUGUCUAUCUCCAAAGACCCAACGGGCACUCACAAACCAAUGGUAAUGGGAUAGGAGGUGGCAGUCCUUUAUCAAAUGAAUCGAUGACCUUACCUCCUAAUCAUAUACAUAUCGUUCAGACCCAACCUCAAGCUCAACAACAGCAAUCAGACAUGAACCGUACGAAUUCGACAUUCUCAAUUAUCUCUCCAUCUUUGCCGCCCUUAUCCAAUGGUCCAUCUUCUACGGAAGGCUCCUUUGGUGAGAUGGAUAUAGAUUCGCCAUAUCAGAUCCAUCAGAAUCAUAUACCCCAGGGAAUGGUGUCGAUACCUGUACCUAUACCUAUACCGAAUUCAAAGGAUCCAGAAAUUUUGGACGAAAGGUGA